CUGGGAGCCAGAUAACACUACACUUUCUAAAACAUAUCAUGGUGUGUGUAGUGAUUCAAGGUAAACACUGUAAUUGCAAUUGGCUGAAUUGCUGUCUUUUAAAAAAAAGCAUUUUUAGAGAUUUUUUCCAACGUUAACCUUCAUAGCCACCUAGUGGACUUUCAACUAAUUGCAUCACGUAUUAUACAGCUGUGGUGUCGAAUGUUAUGGACAACUUGUGCACGUCUUUACACAUAUAGUGAGGUUUUGUUGAAAUUAUGAAAACAUUCGUCUGUUUGGAAUGCCGUAGAAUUGUGUGAUACCUCAUCCUUUGGCACGGGUCACAAUCAGGUAAGCGCCCUUUCCCCUUCUCCCGUUGAGUCCCUGAACGCAUCUGUGAGCAUGCGCACUAGGCCCGCCACACAGCGUCUCAUCUCUCGCGAGGAACGACGCCGUUAUCGUACCUUCGACAAACAACACGAGAAUUCAUCAUUCACACGAUCUGAGCUAUGUCAGAAGAGGAACUGGAGGAAAUUGUGCAAAUAACAGUGGAGGACUUAAGCCCGGAGGGCCCCGCAGACAUGCUGGACAAUCAUGGACAAAAUGAAGAGAAUCCUCAGAAGAAAAAGAGAAAAUUCAGCAACAGUCAGGAAAACUAUGGCAACAACCAGGACAUAUCUUAUAUUAAGAAUAUGAUGGUCUCAUUCACAACAUCGGUCAACCAGCGAUUGGAAGUAAUUGAAUCAAAGCUGCAGUCUGUGGACACCACUUGCAAGGCUCUAACACAAAGGCUGGAUAGCAUAAUGAAUUAUGCAAAAAAUCCUAUCCAGGUUCCAAUGGUUGCAGGGUCACCUCAGGGGGCCACUCAGACCUGGAACAAAGUGCGGUGUGUUGUUCCUCAAACAAAUGUGAUUGUGGGCAGUGAACCGAUGAAGCAAGAAGACCCUUCAUUGGAAAAUCUGCUCAGCAACACAGUGGCUAAGAAGCGACAAAACACAAUCCUGGUGAAGGUGCCAGCCCCCGAGGAGAGUCAGGAGGAACAGGAUAGCGGCUCAGAGGCCAGUGACUCCGUUUCCAAUGGAGGAAAUCCAAACAAUGCACAAAAUGGACAGAAUGUCACGCUAAUCACACUCAAUUCUGAGGAUGACUACCCUGGGGGCACAUGGUUAGGCGAUGAGACGAACCCAGAGAUGCGGGUUCGCUGCCCAGUCUCGCCAGCUGACAUGCUCCAUAUCACCUCAAACUGCCGCACAGCAGAAAAAAUGGCUUUGACACUGCUGGACUACCUUUUCCAUCGGGAGGUCCAGGCCAUGUCUAAUCUGUCUGGUCAAGGCAAACAUGGCAAGAAGCAGCUGGAUCCACUCAUGAUUUAUGGCAUUCGAUGCCACUUGUUCCACAAAUUUGACAUUUCAGAGUCAGACUGGUAUCGCAUCAAGCAAAGCAUUGACUCAAAAUGUCGCACUGCCUGGAGACGCAAGCAGCGUGGUCAGAGUCUGGCCGUCAAGAGCUUCUCUAAACGUACGCCUCAUGUUUCAGGCUCAGAGGGAGGCCUCGCAGAAGAAGCCACCCACAUAGAAACAGCCACCCAGCAGACGUUGCACUAUGCGUUGGCCAAUCAGCAGGUCCAGUUCCAUCAUAUUGGCGAGGAUGGACAAGUUCAAGUGAUUCCACAGGGCCAGUUGCACAUUGCACAGGUGCCUCAAGGAGAGGAGGUGCAGAUCACACAGGACAGUGAGGGGAACCUCCAGAUCCACCAGGUGCAUGUUGGUCAAGAUGGACAGGUACUUCGGGGAGCUCAGCUCAUAGCAGUGGCAUCAGCUGAAGCGGGGGCGACAGCGAUUGAAGGCACCUCCCUUCCCCCUGAUAUCCAAGUACAAUAUGUCCAACUUGCCCCAGUCACAGAUCACACAACUGCAGUACAGGCUGCUCAGCUGGCUCCUGCACUACAAUCAGACAUGGAGGUGAAAGAGACCAUCCAGGGAGAGAACGGUGAGGUGGUCCAAAUAGUCACCUCCGUGGCUACCUGAGAGAGACCCCCGGACCAGGGGCUCUCCAAAAUGUUACGAAAUACACGUCGCCACGGUGCGUCAGAGGUCCGCACAUGCAAAGCCACUGACAGACAUUGAAGUCGGAAAGCCUUUCAACAAAUCAUGAAGGUCGAGAGAGUUCCGGAGUGCCAAGCAGAUGUUCACAGGGAAGUAGACCAUGAUUUUUCAAAAUCAGCUGUUCUUUUUCUGGUGUGUUCAUCCCAAGAAGGAUGCAUCCCACCCCUGAAUGCACAGUGGGAUUAUUGUCUGUUCAGGGCAGAUGCUGCUCAUGCAAAGCACUGACAUACGCACUUGUUUACAAGUACAAAACACACUUGUGUUAUUUAAUAUCAAGCAGCAUGGCCCCCAUUUGGGGUUUUAAACCCCUGAAUCCCACCUCACUCAAGCAGUGCUCUGUUCAGUUUCUCAUCAACAUUUUGGUCACCAGGGUGGAGCCUGGAAUGAUCUGAGAACAGCUACUCUUAAGAUAAGUUUGUUCUUCUGUCACUCUGUGAUCUAUUCCAUAUAUCAUCUCCUGACUGUGAAACCCCUCCCUGUUUUCACAUUUUUUUUCUGUUGGAUUUAUCUUAUUUGUUGCUUGUGGAAAUGCAAGGGGAUAUUUUAUUUUGAAAGACCUACAUCAUGAAAAUAAAGGUGGUGCCUGUUGUUAGUACAAGUUGGUUUUAAAAUACCAAGGAAAACCUGAAAAUGUUCAUAUUAAUAUUGUCUUUGUAAAUAUACAUUCUUGUGAAUAAACCAUGUACAUGGUUGCCAUAAGAGUGUUUUGACUUUUUGUUUCCCCUUUUCACUUAUUUCCAUAAACUAAAGUUGGCAAACUGUAACCAGACUUUUCCCCUGCGUUUAUCAAAAAUACAACUUUAUUUGAUUUCUUUGGUAAAUAAUAUCAGACAUGGUUAUUGUACAUUUUUGAACAUUUCUUCAAGACACUGAGAAUGUGUUGUGGGUUGUACUCGUGAUUCUCCAAAGAUGAACCCAAGAGUGGAGAGAGAGAGAGAUAUCGUGAUGCUGUGUAUGGUUUUGAGUAUGUUUCCCAUGCUCGAUUUGAUGUAAUGGUGUAUUUUGGAAUGAGAGAAAAAAG